CUGCCACAAUUUCAGCUUGACCCUUUUAUAUCAUCCCACUGACCGUCCAUUAAAAAGGCCCCGUCAACAAUGUCGGUGGCCUCAAAAAACCCUUUCGCCCUCCUCGAUGCUGAAGACGCUUCAAGGCCUUCCAGCCCAGUAGCUGUCCCACUAGCCGAUGCCCCUACUCCUCCCACCGCUCCUGCUCGUGGUUCACAAAAACCUAGAGGUGGCCCUGCCGCUCGCGGUGGAAAGUACUACUCUCGAGGCGGCAAACCUCCCGCAAGGGACGCCAACCCAAACCAGACUCUCGAAGAGCCUUCAACCGUUGAAGGUGAAAGGAAGCUAGUCGAAGGUGGGCGUGGCAGAGGGCGUGGAGGGCGCGGAGGUCCAGGACGAGGCAGGAGUCGCCAGUACGACAGACACAGUCAAACCGGAAGGAUUGACACUGACAAGAGGAUCCACCAGUCUUGGGGCGGCGACGAUGGCAAUACUGAGCUCAAGGCUGAGCAAGCUGCUACCGUCGAUGCGGCCGUAGAAGCUACCACCAAUGCGGCCGUAGAAGCUACCACCAAUGAUUGGGCAGGUGACGCUGGUGCUCCCGCCGCGGGUGAGUGGGGAGCUCCCGAGGCGGGUGCAGAUGCUUGGGCCGCCCCUGCCGGAGAUGCCACUGCCGCUGCUACUACCCCUGCUGCUGCAGAGGGCGAGAAGCCAGAAGGUCGUCCACGCAGGGAAAGGGAGCCAGAAGAGGAGGACAACACCCUGACCUUGGAUCAGUAUCUCGCUCAGCAGAAAGAGAAGGAUACCGUCAUCCCAAAGUUGGAGAACACCCGCAAGGCCAACGAAGGUGCCGAUGCGAACAUCUGGAAAGAUGUCGUUCCCUUGUCCAAAAACGAGGAAGAAGACGCUUACUUUGUUGGAAAGUCCAAAAACGCGCCCAAACCCCGUGCGAAGAAGGAAGAAAAAGUCUUCCUUGAAAUUGAUGCGCGUUUCGAGCGUCCGGAUCGCGGUGGGCGUGGAAGGGGUCGUGGUGGCGAUCGUGGAGGUGACCGCGGAGACAGAGGUCGUGGUGGUCGUGGUCGUGGUGGUGCAAGGGGCGGCCGCCAGAAUGGUACCCCCGCCGUCAAUGUCGACGAUCAAACCGCUUUCCCGUCUUUGUCUUAA